GAUGUAGGAGAUGGUUGGUGGGAGGCCAAGAACUCUAAAGGAGAGGAAGGUCUAAUCCCUGAGACGUAUGUUGAGAUAGUGUCAGUGCCCGAACCUCAGUUCCCUCCACCACCACCUCCUUUGGCAGCGAACACUUUCCCAUCAGCUCCUGCUGCGUCUCCAAACAAUGGAUAUCUGGACUCACCAUCAGACCGAGGCAGGGGUAGCUUUGACACACAGCAGAGCACUGAUGACUGGGAGGACGAAUGGGACGAUGAUGAUGAUGAUGCCUCCAGUACAAGUACAACAGGCUACAGCCAUGAUUUGGGCGGUCAGGGAAAUUUUGGACUCGGAGUUCGACAACAAAGAGACAGCAAGCAGAUGUCACCUGGCAGUGAAAUGUCAAAAUAUGGGACGGUAAAAAGUAGUUUUAAUAGAUUUUCUCACUUUGCCAAGUCUGGUGGUGAAGCCUUCCUCAUGGGGUUAUCUAAUGACAGGGUUCCAGAAAGUGACAAGAUCAAAAUAGUUGAAUCUGAAGAUGGCCCUGGGUGGCUGAUUCAAGAUGGUGCCUACACUUGUGUCAUCUCUGACCCAAAGAAGGAAAGCAAAAUGAAAGGGUUAAAGACAUUUAUGGCUUACCAGCUCACACCCUCAUUUAGCAACGUCCCAGUGAGUCGAAGGUACAAGCAUUUUGAUUGGCUACAUGAAAGACUGGAGUGCAAAUUUGUCUGUGUGCCCAUCCCUCCACUGCCAGAUAAGGCUGUCACAGGAAGAUACGAGGAGGACUUUGUACAAGAAAGAAUGCGACAGUUGCAAGCAUGGCUUAAUCGGAUGGUUCGACACCCUGUGAUUUCUAGAUCUGAUGUGUUUCAUCAUUUUCUCACCUGUACAGACGAGAAGAAAUGGAAAUCUGGAAAAAGAAAGGCAGAAAAGGACGAAUUUCAAGGCGGGAAAUUCUUUCAACUGUUACAGACGCCAAAUCAACCAUUAGCUGUGAAAGACAUAGAAAGUAAAAUGGAGGUGUUCUGCAAGUUUGUCGCAGGCAUGACCGACAACGUCAAAACACUUAUAACAGUCAAUCAGGAGUAUUAUAAAAAGCAAAUGGGACCAUUUAGAAGAGAAUAUAACAAAAUUGGAUCAUCAUACAAACAGUUGGCUCAGACGUUCAGCUUGGACGACGGCUCUUAUUCCCUGGCUUUGACCGCAGCCAUAGAGUAUACUGGAGAUGCUUUUAUCGAGAUAGGAGAGAUGUUUGCCAGACAGCCUCCUCAAGAUGCCUAUCCACUGAUUGAGUCACUGUACGAGUAUAAAGGUCUUCUGCAGACGUACCCGGAUGUGAUUAAAGUUCAUGAGGGUGCUAUAGGUAAAGCAAAAGACUGUGCCAAGCUGCAAGAUGAAGGCAGGAUGACAGAAUCUGAGGUGGCCAGAGUGUUGACACGAGCAGACAUCAUCUCCUACGGCACUAUGGCAGAGAUGAACAACUUUCAGCAUGAGAGAGUCCAUGACUUCAAGUGUAUGAUGCAGAAAUACCUGCAGAAUCAGAUCGAUUUCUAUAAGAGGUUGACAAACAAGUUGGAAGAUGCUCUGGAACACUACAGCAAUGUGUGA